AUGCGGACGUUGUUGUGGUUGCUUGUCGGUUUGUUCGGGUGUGUCCUGGGUUUACCACUGGAGCUGACAGAUGUGAGUUUCGAUCAUGACACCCAAGUCGGGACCCAUGGUACAACAGGCCCCUGGUUCGUGAAAUUUUACGCGCCCUGGUGCGGCCAUUGUCGGCGUAUGGAAACGGCGUGGAAUGAACUCGCAGAUGCCCUUACCAAUGAGGUGAAUGUGGCUAGUGUUGAUGCCACUAAGAACAAAAUGCUCGCCGAACGAUUCAAGAUUGCCGGCUACCCUACUCUCAUCUACUUCAAGGACGAAAAGAUGUACCGACACUCAGGACCCAGAACUCUCGAAGCGCUCGAACAAUUCGCCAGAUCGGACUACCAAAAAAUGAAGGCCGAAUCCAUUCCUAAACCAUUAACCAAACUAGACCUCAUUCGCAGAAACUUCGCACACUUCGUACAAGACAUGGAACACGUCUACACACAACGACUUGCCGCUGCUGUCGCCUUCGUCUUUAUGGGUCUCUCCGCCGGAAUGGCCAUCGGAGCAGCCUGCGCUGCAUUCAGCAUGAAGAGGUCACGACGGGCGACAGAAUUCAGUGAUAAAAAGAAGUUAUAA